AUGAGCAGCACCUCAAAAGAAGUAAUGCAAAAGGUCGAUAGCAUCAUCCAAAGCCGCAGCUUCCCAAACUGGGUAGACAACUUCUUGGAGAAGACAUUUUUCGAAAAAUGUCUUAGCCACGACUUGCAGAAAAACGAACACAAUAGCCACAAGAGCCACGAGAUACUCACCAUUUACAGACAUGUCUAUCAAAAUGUUGUCCCAUUGAGUGAGAUGGAAACUCACAUGGAUUGCCAAACAAUACAGCCUUAUAAAUGUAACAAGAAGUGGGUAGUGUCUUUGACCCCUCUCCCACAUAAUGGGUCUGGCUCGCUCAUUGAAGGCGAUGGAGCUUGCAAUGUGUGCAAGAGAAAGCUCACUGAUUCGGAUCGCUUUCGAUUCUGCUCUAUUUCGUGCAAGGUUCAGGCAAUUUCAGGUGUCCUUGGAGUCGGGACUUCACAAGCAGAGAACCCAUCCAAGCGCAAGAGGAGCCGUAAAGGCGUGCCUCAUAGGGCGCCUUUUUUCUAA